AUAUUGAACUGUGAUGUCUUUAACCUUUCAGAUGUAAAGGGUUUUGGCCACAAAUCAUCUGCUGCACAACCUAAAAGCGAGGAAGAAUUAAUUGAAAAUGUCUCAUAGGCAUUGGUUGACUCCCAAAUAUUGCUAUUUAUAUGAAUGGAAAAUCAACUGUGGCCAAAAUGGUGCCCACACACCAGACAAACAAACAGAAAGGAUUGAGGCGUACAGCUACACUAGUGCUGUAGCCAUUAUUCAAGCCAACCUGUGUGAUUGCAAGAUGCACAACAGCCACACUUUCUGAUGUGAGGUUGAAAAAUAAUCAACUUUGAGGGGCCAGUAAGUAAAGAAUGACUGCGAAUACAGUAUUAGGAAGUGUGCGUAGUCUAUUGUGGUGACAUUCACGCACGCACCCAACCACCCACACACAAAAUGCCUGGGUGAGCUGCCAACGAAGCAUAUUGCUGCAACUCCUCAACUCUGCACAAUAAUUGUACAGCUGGCAACCUGUUCACUUAAAGUAUCGAAGUAUUAAUUGAAUUUGUACGUGCAGCAAGUGCUUCUCUGCAAAGAAACAAUUUAAUAGGUUCAAAGGCAGUUGUAACAAAGCACAUUAAUAUUCUCUAGAGCUCCUUAGUGUGACUAUUAUAAUCACUACAGCAGCUCUCCUCUUAAUCAGAAGUGACAGACUAACAUCAGGUGCCCAAAGGACAAGGAGAAAAAAGUCCUGCGACCAGAUUAGAAUGGAAGCCUCCUGUCUUGAGCUGGCCCUGGAGGGGGAGCGGCUGUGUAAAAUAGGAGACUACCCAGCAGGCGUCUCUUUCUUUGAAGCAGCGAUCCAAGUCGGGACAGAAGACCUCCAGAUACUCAGUGCUAUUUACAGUCAGCUAGGGAAUGCAUACUUCCACUUGCAUGACUACUCCAAAGCACUGGAAUACCAUCACCAUGACUUGACUCUGACCAGAACAAUCGGAGAUCCACUUGGAGAAGCUAAAGCCAGUGGUAACCUUGGCAACACUCUAAAGGUUCUGAGACGCUUCGAUGAAGCUAUAGUGUGUUGUCAGAGACACUUGGAGAUUUCCAUUGAGCUCAGUGAUAAGGUCGGGGAGGCAAGAGCACUUUAUAACUUUGGGAAUGUGUACCAUGCCAAGGGGAAAAGCAUCUGCUGGAGUGGGGCUGAUCCAGGGGAGUUUCCAGAAGAGGCGAUGACUGCUCUGCGGAAAGCUACGGAAUACUAUGAGGCAAAUUUGUCAAUAGUUAAGGAGCUUGGAGACCGUGCUGGGCAGGGCCGUACCUAUGGAAACCUGGGCAACACGCAUUACCUGCUGGGGAACUUCAGGGAUGCAGUGAUAUCACAUGAGCAGAGGCUUCUAAUAGCGAAGGAGUUUGGUGACAAAUCAGCUGAAAGAAGGGCUUACUGUAACCUGGGGAAUGCGUACAUUUUUCUUGGGGAAUUUGAAAUCGCAUCUGAGCAUUACAAGAAAACACUGCUGCUGGCCCGGCAGCUGAAGGACCGUGCCGUGGAGGCACAGGCGUGUUACAGCCUGGGAAACACAUACACUCUGCUGCAGGACUAUGAAAGAGCUAUCGACUACCACCUAAAACAUCUUAUUAUAGCCCAGGACCUCAAUGACAGAAUUGGAGAGGGUAGAGCCUGCUGGAGUUUAGGAAAUGCCUAUACUGCAUUGGGAAAUCAUGAUCAGGCCAUGCACUUUGCAGAAAAACAUCUGGAAAUCUCAAAAGAAACUGGAGACCGAAGCGGAGAACUAACAGCCAGAACAAACGUCUCCGAUCUUCAGAUGGUGCUGGGACUCAGUUACCAAACCAACAGUUCAGUUCUGUCAGAAAACCACGGAGUCGAUUUUGACUCUCACGGAGCCAGGCCAAAAGCCGGAAAGAGGCAUAGUAUGGAAAACAUGGAGCUGAUGAAAUUAACGCCAGAUAAGGUAGAAAACUGGAACAGCGAACUUAUUACAAAACAGAAACCGCUCCUGGCUAAGUCGUCUGCAAAGCUUUUCUUUGUAAAUCAUCUGAAAGGCAAAAAGCACAAGCACAACUGCUCCUCUGCUAAGGUUCUGCAGGACACUACUAAUUCCAUUGACAGCGGGGCUGUCCAGGCCCAGGUACACCACAAGAGAGGAAGUCCUGACAUGCUCGGGGACGAGGGUUUCUUUGACCUGCUCAGUCGAUUCCAGAGCAAUCGCAUGGAUGACCAGAGGUGUUCUGUAGACAAUGGACAGAGCAGACUGUCUGUGCCUGAGGCAGUGACACCCACCCCACCAAGAGCAAUACACAAAUCCCAUUCUGCAUCUGUUGUUUCACCUCACACCAAUCAGUUGUUGGAUCUAGUAGCGAGCUCUCAAAGUCGGAGACUAGAUGACCAGCGGGCGGGUGUUGGAAACUUCCCUGGCCUCAGACUGAACCAGCAGAACAGCCAGUCUGUCCUCAGUCAUCUCAUGGCUAAUGCUGACAACAAGGAGCCAGAUGAAGACUUUUUUGACAUGUUGGUUAAAUGCCAGGGUUCUAGACUGGACGAUCAAAGAUGUGCUCCACCCGCUCCAGCACCCAAGGGCCCCACAGUUCCUGAUGAAGAUUUCUUCAGCCUUAUCAUGCGAUCUCAGGCAAAGCGAAUGGAUGAGCAACGGGUUACUCUGCCCUCAAACUCAAAACGCCCCAGCUCCUACUAAAACAGCCACUUGCAAGCUUAAUGUUGCCCCCAAACUUUUAACAUUAAUUCACAAAGUGUAAAAGUACUGUAAUAAAGAACUGUUCUAUUUCAUCAGUUCGUCAAGGAAUGUUUACUGUCCAGUAACAGGGACAGUAUAAAUGCCUACUGAAUGUUAAUGUACCAGUGUUCAAAAUUAAUUAAAAUAACUGUAAAUGUUUUUGUUUGUUUUUCUAUAAAAUUCAGGAUUUAAAUAUUUGUAAGCUCAUUUUUUUUAUUAAUGUACAUAAUGUUCUCUUUCAUUGCUGACUGUCUAUUUAAGCUAUUAGUCGACUCCUAUUUAUUCGAAUGUAGCAAACGCUUGCUAACUGCCAUUGCUAACGAUUGGUUCUUUGUGGCGGGUACACCAUGUUGAAAUUUGAAGAUGUGUAUUAUUCGCACUAUAUUAAUGGUACACUGCUUUUUGUUUUUUUAAGGCUUCUUUACUGCUUCUGUAGAUUGCCAUUUUGUUUAAUAUUGCCUACCAAGAAAACUCACGAUUAAUUUACUGCCACAAGAAAACGUGUCAGUGUUGAGAAACAAGCCAGUGCUCUUUCAUACCUCUUGUAUCUUUUGUUGUAUUUCCAAGAUUGAGGAAUAAACUAAUUUCUUCACACUA